GGAUAAAGUUUGUUUUCAUCCCGCUCCAUAACUCCUGAAGGAUUUGUCAUUUAUUAGGGAACACAACAGGUGGGGGAAUAAUGGUGAUGAUCCUGGGGCUUAAAACUGGAAGGAAUUCAAAAUUCCCACCAGGACCCCUGAUUACAGGCAGGCAUCAGUAAUUGAUGGCGUGGCAGAUGAACAGUAGCAACUGUUUUCAGGCGCCACUGCAGCAGGAUGAGUCAAAAAGUCACAGUCACAGGUUCAGGUUACUCCAGGACAUUGUAUGAGAUUUCACACAUUUUGCUCUUUAGCACAAUUUGAAACAUACGGUAUGUGAAGCCUGUGCUAUUUGUAUUGGUUAGUAUGUUACAAAAUAUGCCAGAAAAUAUUAUACCUAAAAAAUGCUGAGACUACGAAGUUUAAUGACAUUGAAAGUCUGUGUAAAAUUUAAAAAAUGACUGAAAUUGUGCCAAACAUGCCAGGCAUCCACCUUGUAGUUUCCUUUUCGUGACUAUCUGCAAUAAAGAUAUUACUGACUGUGACACAUUAUUGCUCACUGUGUCACCUACAACCAUUUGGCAUCCCUUGGAAAAAUGAUUUGCAGUAGGGUACGGUCACAAGACAAAAUCUGCCCAAGCAUCCUAAAGCAGAGUAGCAACAGAGAAUCCUAUUGGCCGAGAGACCGCAGCAGCUGAAAUAGCUAUGUAAACACUUUCCCUCUCUCCGUGAGCCCCAGUAAUUAUAGCCAGGAUGCUGGUGACGACAGUUGUCCCAUCGAGACUUCAAAUGCUGGAAUAAAUUUGACAUUAUGAUAUUUGAUCCCAUCCAAUGGCGCGCACACGUAAACACUGGGGAGCAGUAUAAAGGCUGGGUACCCCGGCUGGAACAGAAGUUGUUUACCCUUUAGCUCAAAGCUCCGGACUUAACCCCGACACCAACUGGGAGAAGAGGGCCCUUUAAAUCCAGUCCGCGGGGUUUUACGUAACACAGAGGAGGAAAAGCGAGGAGGAAGCACAGUAGAGAGGGGACUUGACAGUUUGGAGACGACAGCAGUGAAUCUGUUGGAGAGGUCGGAGCGCACGGCGUGCAGGAACUAGAGCAGACUGAGGAUUGUUACUGGAGGGCAGUGAACACUUGUAUGUUGAGUAAGGUAAGGACAGCUGUUUAUUAUUGAGGCGUAAAUGGCAGCUGUAAUUAUGCUUUAGUGCCAUAUGGGACGAUAUUUGAAAUUAAUUGUAUAUAGGCUUAGCAUAUUUAAAUUUAGACAGCACGAAUGGCUAAACCUGAAGUCCACUGUUGUCAUGUUUAGCCUUAAGGUGAUUAUUUCAAUUUAUUUCUUCAUUUUAUUUUUAAUCAUAUUUAUUCAUUUUAUUUUGAGCAACUUUUAGGGUGUAACUUUAAAUGUUUUCUUUGUCUUUGUCUCUGACAUACAUUCACUCUAGCUGCCCCUCUCUCAUGCGCACAGGCCAUGCAGCCAGUUUACUAUGCAUAGUUACAAGAAUAUUAAUAUCUCUACUCUUACAUCACAGGUGGGAGGGAAGUGGCUGGUACAUUCGGGCACUUUCAGCCAGGGUACUCGUCAUAUUCAAUGAUAGCAACAACAACAACAACAAACCCUGGUUGACUUAGUUUAUUUGAUUGGAGCUGCAACAAUAUAUAGGCAAUUAAUACUCCCAUUGGGAUACAACUUUCCCAUGCCAUUGAUGAAUGUUGACCAGGCCACAUUUACAGGGUUUGGGUUUGGGGAUACAUCUGAGGGGCAACUAUGAAUGCAUCUGAGAUAUGACACAGCAAAAUUUAGAUGAAGGCAUUUUGGUGUUAAACCCUGCAAGUUUUUUUUCUUCCCGUGUCACAAGGCAUACAGUGGCAGGCUGGAGAUCAAAGUGGCCAAGUGUCUAAACACUUGCAAGGCUGUCAUGCAACACUCUUGUCCACAUGUGCUGCAUAGGUGGGCUUACAUGCAAAUUUUGGACAAGAAUGCGAAAAGAGAGGAGGGUCGUGAAUAUCUGACCUUUUGUUAGGGCAGAGCGUGUCCAACUAGUCAUUAAAGCAAAAGAGAAAAGGAAAAAAAUGAAAUUCAAUUAAAUAAAACUUCCAUCAGUUUAACCUCAGUCAGAUGUCAUUGCCACUGGUGCAGUAGUAUGUUUUAUUCUGAAACAGUUUGACCAGCAUUGUAAAAAAGCGUUAAAAAUGUUCACUUGUCUAAAAGAAAAAAGAGUUGUCAAAACCAGAUUUGGGGCUAAAUGACAGAAACACAGAGAAAAGAAGCUUAAAGCCGGCUUUGUUUUGUAAAAGUAUGCCAACCCUCUUUUUUCCCAUGUGUUUGUCUUUAUAGUGUUUCCAGGUCAUCGACCCUUCAGCCCUACAGUGACCUCUGACAGGAAAGUGAAACAGGAGAAAGGGGAAAUUGCCAUUUAAAAAGGCCUCUGGGUAUUGAGCAGCCAGCGUCAUGGCAGCCAUUGAUCUGGAGCGUGGGCUGGAACACAGUGGCCGGGGCUGGGGGCAAGAGAGGCCAGAGCUGAUGGACAACUUCGACUCAGAAAUGCAGGAGUGGGAGGACCAGCUGCAGGACAUCCAGAGAAAAAUUGAAGAGUUGUACAAUGAAGUUCAGGCCCGCAGAGGAGCAAACGAUAUCACUACUGACAACCAGAAAAAUGGCAGUGAGUUGGAGUGUGGCCUAGGCCACCAUGGCAAUGGUCUUUUUGCGCCCGGCCAUCACCCUGGAGCUAUAACUGGGCCACAUCACUAUAGUAACGACUGUAACUAUAGCCCCAAUGGCUACAGCUACCCUGUGAGUCAUCAGAAUGGCUACGGUUACUGCCACACCAACGGAGUUUCAGAGAUCGGAGACUUAUUGCAGGAUUACUUGGGGCAGGGGAAGCAAAUGAGCCGGAAGAACAAUGGAGCUCGCCAUGUGCGCUUCAGUGACACAAUCAAGGUGAGCCCAGACAUCCCUACAUACCAGGAUGUGAUCAGAAGAAGUUCUAGAAAUGAAAGGCUUGGUCAAAAGCAGUUUUUGGGCAGUUUUGAGGAAACUGAAAACAGGAAGAACCAAGCGUCUUACAUGAAGACCUCCCCUUGCAGAGAAAGUUCCCCCAACAAAGAAAACACAGGUGCCAAGCCCCCUCUGGGACAAAGGGAUGCUCCUGCUGUACAACCACGCACACAGCUUCCAAUCACAACAGCUGAAUCUCCUGCUCUGGACAGGAAGUCCUACGGUGCUGGCGUCCUGGGAGAUAGGAAGUGCAGCAGCCCCUCUGUUCUCAGGAAGUUUGGAGCCAUGCUUCAGGAGAACGAGGGCAAAAUGCUCACCGAAUCAGGGGUGGUGACCCAUCAGGGGCUGGCCCCAGAGCCAAAGUGCCCCACCCCUGGCUGUCAGCGCAGAGCUCUUGGAGCCACUGCAGUCGCCGGCAGGGCGCCCAUGCGCGUGCCUACCCAGAAAUGCCAAGCAGAUUCCGACGUGCUGACAGCAGAGAUAGAGCCCAGCCAAGAAUGGCGGCUAGUAUCAGACUCUGGUAGACAGAACCACAAGGAUCACAGAGGAGGCUACAGUGGUUCUAAAGGGUCCCACGCGAGUCCCCAGCACUCCCAGAGGAGAUCACAGGUGGCAGGGAGCCCAAAGAUUAGACCCAGGGCUAACAGUGGGGCAGACAGAGAUGGAGGACUGGCUCACGGGGAGAGAGCAAGGAAGUCUGAACCCCAAAAUGCGGAGCCCAAAAUGGACUACAGGGUUUCAAGUGCUUCUUCUGGAGCUCAGAAGAUCCAGAGGGGAGGGUUAGCGGGACAGGAGUUGCCAGGUUGUGGUCGAGCGAGGGAUGAAGGACUUAUUGAGCUGCUGGACAUGCUGGAGAUCCAACAUGAGUACAGCUCCAGUCCCAGAACAGGACACACAGUUUAUAGACAGGAUCCACAGCAGGUAAACACAGUCGAGUUGUCCCCAGCCAAACUUAACAAGAACUUCUCUCGUCCUGCGCGGCCAGCCAACCAGCGACCUCCUUCCAGAUGGGCCGGCCGCACCACUACUGCCAGGAUCAUCGCUCCAUCAGGCCCAAUGUACCGUCCCCCGAGUCCCCUUACUCGCCCUCCUAGCCCCAUGACCAGAACCCCAAGUCCCGCUCUGAAGCACCGGCCUCUCAUUUCCUAUUCACUUCAGACUGAGACUGUCAUUAUGUGAUACCUUUCCAUUUCAAUAAAGCUUGUUCCCUUCCUCCAGGAAAACCCUCUCUGUGUAAAUAGUAAGGACGUUUCUGUUGAACAAAAAUGCUUUAAGAGAGUUACAAAGGAUGCUUAAUUGCAUCCUGUUCAAGAUAAAACACAUCCACGACAUUCUCCAGUGUUGCUGUGGCUUUUUGCUUCUUCUGUGCCAACAUAUUAUCAACAUAUUGCUUUGUUGCAGUCCCCCCUUAUUCACUUUCCUCUUUUUUUGUAUUGAAUUUCAGGUGUUUUCUGUAUAAUGAGAUUUUGCAUGCAGCCCUAGUUUGAGGGUGCAUGCUCGUGUUUAAUCCUCAUGGUCGCCUUGUUAAAUCAAAUUCAACCUGGCCACCAGUAGGAGUAGAUUAAGUUGCAACUGUGCUCCCAGCAGCAAUCUGCUAACUGUCAACAACAGUGUGUUUUACUGUAUAAUAUUGUCAAAGUAAUAUAUUUAAGAUGUUCAAAUAACAGCUGUGACAAAUGACUAUGAUAUGCCUUUAAUGUAUUCUUUUUUCUUGGUAAUAAAUAUGACAGUGCUUUGA